AUGUUCACACAGGAGGACAAGCACGCCAUCGUUUGGGAGGGUGCUGAGGGAUUGUUCCAGUCUAAACACACCAUGGUUAGGUUCGCCGAGCAUUCGAUGGUAGUCUCCAAGAUCCCUACCGCCAACGAGGAGGGUUCCGUCGAUGGAACGAGAGUCGCCCGCAAGUCCGGACCUUCGUGGUUUGGCUACCGCACGAAAGAACCCUCGUAUGAACUCUGGGUAUCCCACAGUGGCGCGGAAAUCACCCGCAACGGGAUGCUCGAUUGGACCAUCGACGCUGAGAGCAAGGUUUAG